UGGGAGGUGCGCGAAAUGGGAUCUGGGGGGACCCGGCCGGGGAGCGGGGAUCACGUCGCAGCACCAGGCGACAAAGAAGAGCUCGCGGUGCCCCGCGCCAGGCAGCGGGAAUGGAGCGCUAUGGAAGUAAGAGGAUCCGGGGGAAAGGGCCGUGCAAUUUCAGCUGUGCAAAGCCCUGGCAUCCCGGGACAGGAAGAAGGCAAUUUAAGGUUGGAAAGUUGUGUUCGGCUGAGAACGCUUCAGCCGCAGUUUGCAAUAGCGCUUCGCUCGCCCCGGAGCUGCAGUUGUUCUGUUUGUGGGUCACCUCCGAAUGAGGGACAUGAGUUCCUGUAUCAUCUCCUUUGUUUCUUUGGGUUUAUUACCAUUAUUUUGUCUUGCGGGAUUUUUUUUUGUUGUUGUUGUUUUUUGUUGUUGCUGGUUUGUUUUCUGCAUGAUCAAAAGAUAGCAGAGCUUCAUUGGCAUUUGUUGGCUAACAAGUGCUGUGACCACAGGCCGAAAGUUAGUAUCUCUCUUUCUACUUCUAUUUCAAAACGAAACUCCGAUGUGUUACGCAGUGAAGGACAAGAAAGAAAACAAAUUACCCCGCUUAACCGUUACAAACACGCUACUUCAGACGAGAAACGUGUUUUGCCCGAAACCCUCGCAACCCUUCCCCGCUCUGAACACGGACUCGGGCGCUGGGAACAGCCCAGCCGCGGCCGGAGAGCACCGGGAGCUCUCCCCGCGGGGCCGCCGCUGCCGUCGGGGCGCGGGCGGAGCCGUCCGUCGGGGCGGCCCCAGCGCCGGUGUCUCUCCGGGAGUGCACGGCGCUCGGAGCUCAGCUUACAGCAGAGGCUCUGGCUCGCCGUGCGAAGCGCCGCUCCUUUCUUCUGUUACCAUAAUUGCUUUAGAAAGCCUGGCUCGCUAAAAAAAAAAAAAAAAGAAAGAAAAAAGAAAAGAAAAAAGUUUCUAUGAAGAUUUACUCGCGGUUCUGUCGAUUUGGAAGUGCGUUUCUCUAUUUUCCGUCUACUCUCAGCGUGCUGGUUUUAAUCUCCAAAACAGUCAUUGGGAAAGAAAACCGGGGGAGGAGAAGAAUUGCUAUAAAGAGAUUAAGUUUAAGCAAAGCACAUUAAAUAUUUUCCCAACGUCAUCAAAUAAACAGCAAUCCUCCAGCUCCCAAUAAACUAUUUAAAGCAUGUCAUAUCAUCCCUUCUGCUCUUGCCAAUGUACUUUCCUUUAAUUUACAAGCCGAUCAGAGCAGGGGCCUGCCUUGUUGUGUGUAUUUGCAAAUGUCUGGCACCCUCUCAGUCAGCCGCAGCUCACAAACCCUGAAAUCCGCAGCUAACGUUGUUAUCAGAGGGACUCACUUCGAUUUUUGCCUUGCUACUGCCUGUGGAAGUGGCUGUUGUAAACGAUCCGAGCGACUGUGGAAAGGUUUCACCUCUAUGCGGCAGCGCUGAUAAAGGGAAAGAAUAAAGAAUCAGGAGAUAAAUUAAAUCUAGAAGAAGAAUUAAAUGGAGGUCUCCGGCUGUAGAAGUCAGCCCAAAGGAAAAUAGGGAAAACCUCCGCAGGAGGGGCGUUUUGAGUUCCCUAGAAAAUAAAUGUCUGCUCAUAAAGGAUGAAAGUUAUUAUCGUCAGAGGAUGUGCUGUACCAAACAAACCUCCAUUAGGCUAGGAAGGAUAAAACAAGCUAGACAGCCUUUAAAAAAAAAAAAUCUUUGUGUCUUUGAUUCCCAAGAUAUCAACCAUGUCUGUUUCUGUAUUGCUGUCAAGUAAACCUGAGUUAUGGAUGCUCUCAAACAAGCCAGCAAAGAGAAAACUCAGCUAGUGAAAAUAAAGAAUGUUAUCCUUAGACAAUUUGCCCAAAAUGUUUUCUUUUCAGACUCUUAAACACCUGCCCUGCACCACGGCCUGACUUACGAGUUCUCCCCAGACGAUUUCUGUUCUCCCCAGAUGAUUUCUGAGAGGAGCAAGGACACUAAACGUGGCCAUCAGACCCCAUAACAGCACAGCCGAUUCUUCUUAUUGAGUUUUUCUUUUUGCUUCUUCUGCACUGCAGCGUCCAUCUAUUUCACCGCAAGAGACCUGAUGUCUGGAAUGCGACCUCCUGAGGUGACCGGUGCCUAAAGGAAGCCCGGCUGGAGGGGAGCCCCACGCCAGCAUGCGGAAGGCAAACCCACAGAGAGCUUCCCCCUUCCUGCGUGCGAGGAGCAGGGCAUCCAUCAGCCCAACCACCCGGCCGGAGAGCACAUCUGGCCACGCCGCGUCUGCAUUUUCAGGAACAUGGAAGGAGCACAGAGUGGUAACUCCAAAUGUGGCCAUAGCACCGUGGUGGUGGGCUUUCCUUCAAGGGUUAACCCACCCUCGUUAGCUGCCUAACCAAGAGAGCUAUAAAAAAGGAAGGACGGGAACAAAAAGGAGGCACCAGUCCUAUGAAGGCUGUGGCUUUGCACACAGAUACGUGGCAAGACACAGGAGAAAGAAAGGAAUAAAGCUGGAUUUUUGGCAGCUGAUGAUAAAUUAUGUUUUUUUUUUUCUUUUUGUAACUUUAUGCCGUGAGUAGCUUGGUACCACUACUCCACCAGAAUAAACUGUUCUUCUUCCUUCCCUUCAGCCAUCUGAUUCAGCGUGUGGUCUGACCAACGUGGGGGCCCUUGCCCUGCAGGGCUGCCUCUAGAGAGAACAAGGAGCUCCCAGGUGCCCACCUCCCAGCGGGUGCUCUGGGGCUCCUGGAAGCUGAGAUGAGCGAUUCCCACAAAGCUGGGCGCUGGGGGAGCAGGUGGCCUCCCAGCAGAUGGACACCGCCUUUGCCCGGUGCCUCUUCAGCAAAAAGGAAAAGAAAAAAGCAGAUAAUGGCAGGGAAUAUCUCAGUGCAUAAUUCUGCCUUUUGGCAGAGGAUGCUCUUCAGACCCAAGAGCUGUGCUAAUCGAUGGCUGUGUCUGAUUCAGCUUUUGUCUUUCCUAUCUUGAGUAGAAGCAAAUGUGGCCGCAAUUAGUCGCAGUCAGGGGACAAACACAACAGCAGCACUCCAAGCAUCACAACAGCCUCAAAAAUACUUUCCUCAAACUGAGCUGAGCCCUGAGGAGCAGAGAAAUGGGCAGAAUUAUCCUCAUUUCACAUCAUCAUGUGAAAAAAAGGAAGAGAAGGGAACGCGCCAAUGUUACAAGCCUGAGAACGAAUGCAAGCGCUUGUCCCACCAUCUGCGAGGAGAUGAUAGAGGUGAAGGAGAGGGAGUACAGGGGGGUGGUAAAAGUUCACAGAGACCUUCUAUUUUUCUGGAGAGAUGCUUCACAUUCCAGCAGCAAAACUGAAGGAAGCGGCCAUGAGGAGUAGAUCAGAGAGGGGAAAUAGGAAGAUGGAUGAAGUGCAAGGCUGGAGGAGCAAACAAGGCAAUUA